CAAAUCACAAGUCAGUGAAAUCGCUGCAGUAAGUGUUGUUGAAUUAGGUGUUAAUUAUUGUCAUUGACUGUUUGAUAACAAUUUAAACAAAUUUUAAAUGUAACAUUAAUAAUGGAAGAAGGUCGCUACCGUUUACGUUCCGGUCCUUCUCAUAUUAAAUGUUAUGUUCUGUUCGUAAAUGUCACUACUAGAAAUGUAGAUAUUCUGUGGAUUGAUCCGGGAGGAAUUGAAAAAUUGUUUGCAUCUAUUAACCCUGGUAAAAAGGUUAAAGUGGAUACAUUUCAAACACAUCCUUGGGUAUUUAGAGAUAAGGAUACAGGAGAGUAUAUGCAAGUGGAUCAUAAAGAUGUGUUUUGGCCAACGCCAUGUGUUAAAUUAUUGCCAAACUUUCCACAAGGUGCUUUAAAUUGUCGGAGGGCAGUUAACAUUCAUUCUCCAGUCCGCAGUUUGCGAGAAAUAUGUUUAUGGAAUAUAUUAAAAAAUAUAUCGUCUGACAUACUUACAUUAAACAACGACAGCAUUUGCGCUCUUGGCUUACCAGUAACACUUACUAAUGAGCUGCUAGCAAAAGCGCGAUCUAUUAGUUUGUAUAAGAAACUGUAAUUAUUAAAACAAAGACUGUAAACAUUUAAUGUUAGAAUCAAUAUUUUAUGAAUUUAAUGUUAC